UGCCUGGGGUGGUUGGGGCCACGUGCGCGGGUCCCGGCGGUGGCGGAGCAGCCUCAGCCAUGGAGCCCGCCGGCCUCUUCCCCCCGUUCCCUGCCGUCUGCCCCCCGCCACCGCCUGCUCACACCCCGGUACCCCCGACCCGCGCCGCCGAGACCACCCGCAUCAUCACCGACCCCAUCUCCGGCCGCUCCUACUGCAAGGGCCGCCUGCUGGGAAAGGGUGGCUUUGCACGAUGCUAUGAAAUGACAGAUCUCUCCAGCAACAAAACCUAUGCCGUGAAGGUCAUUCCUCACAGCCGGGUGGCUAAACCCCACCAGCGGGAGAAGAUCACCAACGAGAUCGAGCUUCACCGGGACUUGAACCACAAGCACAUUGUCAAGUUCUCCCACUACUUUGAGGACUCAGAGUGCAUCUACAUAUUCCUGGAGCACUGCAGUAGGAAGUCCCUGGCCCACAUCUGGAAGGCCCGCCACACACUGCUGGAGCCUGAAGUGCGCUAUUACCUCAAGCAGAUCAUCUCAGGCUUAAAAUACCUUCACCUCAAGGGCAUCCUGCACAGAGACCUCAAGCUUGGUAACUUCUUCAUCAAUGAGAAUAUGGAGCUGAAAGUGGGGGACUUUGGGCUAGCUGCUUGCCAGGGUACCUCUGACCAGAAGAAAAAGACAAUAUGUGGGACCCCCAACUACCUGGCUCCAGAAGUGCUGCUGAGGCAGGGCCACGGGCCGGAGUCAGAUGUAUGGUCUCUGGGCUGUGUCAUGUACACCCUGCUGUGUGGGAACCCUCCCUUUGAGACCUCUGAUCUCAAGGAGACCUACAGGUGUAUCAAACAAGUGGAGUACACCCUCCCUGUCUUCCUCUCCCUGCCUGCCAAGCACCUCAUUGCCGGCAUCCUCAGACGCAACCCUCAGGACCGCCUCACCCUUGAGGAGAUCUUGGACCAUGAGUUCUUCAAGGGCUACACGCCUGAAAAACUCCCUCCCAGCAGCUGUGUGAUGGCUCCAGAGCUGAAUCCCCCCAACCCAGCAAAGAGUCUCUUUGCUAAAGUCACCAAGACCCUCUUUGGGAAGAAGAAACCCAAAGCCAAGAAGGGCUCUUUGGAAGACAAGGAUGACAUCUCCAAGCUGGUCACUGGGCUGAUGAAGACCUCAAUCUGCCGGCAGAUGAGCUAUAAAACUGUGGAAGGGAAUGAGGCCACCCCUGUAUCAUGCCGCAGUGCCAGCUCUAGCCCCGUGGAGACAGUGGUGGAGGAGACAUCUCACAAGUCUGCAUCCCCCUCCAUCCGAGGGACGAUGGCCAGCAGCUGUGAGGCCUUUGAAGACUGCAUCACUACCUCUGCCAUCAUCGAGUCAGCUGUCCGGCUCCUGCGGACCUGCCUCUCCUCCAUGCCCCCAGCGGGGAAAAACCCGGCUUCCCUUGCCCGCCACGAGCACUUUGUCUGGGUGAGCAAGUGGGUGGAUUACUCCAAUAAGUAUGGCUUUGGCUACCAGCUCUCCAACCGUAGCAUUGGGGUCCUCUUCAACAAUGGCACGCACAUGACUCUUUCCCCCAACCACAGGACUGUGCAUUACAACCCAACCAGCAGCAAACACCUUGUGUUCUCUGUGGCCGCUAUCCCCGAGCAGCUGCAGGGGCAGAUGAGUGUCUUGCGCUACUUUGCAUCCUACAUGGAGCAGCAUCUCAUGAAGGGAGGUGACUUGCCCAGCAUAGAUGACCUUGGGCAGCCGGCCCUGCUCCUCCUGCAGUGGGUGAAGACUGACCAAGCCUUGCUCAUGCUCUUCAGCAAUGGCACCCUCCAGGUGAACUUCUACAAUGACCACACCAAGGUGAUCAUUAGCAAGCCUGACCACUCCUGCCUUGUCACCUACAUCAACCGGGAGCGAAAUUCCUACACCUACAAGCUGUGCAGCAUCCAGGAGCUGGGCUGCUCUCCUGAGCUCCACCACCGCCUCAGAUACAUCCUCAAGCUCCUCCAAGAACGUGCUGAAGCUUAGCGUGGGACCUUGGGGGAGCCCUCGCUGGACAUAGAGGUCUCCCUCUGCCCUCCCAUGGGAUGGGAGGGAUGUUGUGGUGCUGGCUGCCCGCCUGGGCACCCUGUAUCCCGGUGCUCAGCUGGACUCUGGACUAAAGACACGUGGAUGUGGUUACAGCAGCAGGUCUGGACAUCCUUGCUGCUCCCUGGCUCUGGGCAAUUGCUGUGUUCUCACUGGUAGCUCCUGUUCUUCUUGUGCUGGUCUCGGUGGGGUGGCACAGGGAGAGGGAGGUGGUGGGUGAGUGCCCCACGGCCAGCUUCGGGGUAGGCUGUGGCUUGUCUGUAUUCUGGUGCUCCAGCCUGCCCCGGCUCAUGCACCAGUCCACUGAUCCUCUUCAUGGCCUAGAGAGGACUGGCACAGCCUUGGCCUCAAGGCUUUUGGCUGCUGUGGGGUAGGAAAAACCCCUUCACAGGGGUGGACAGGGGUGAAGGUUAUUGCUGCCUGCCCUGCCAGGGGCUGUGUGGGCUGGUGUGUGCCAUUCCACAACUGCUACACUAAGGAAAGAGGGCCCAACGUGUGCCCUGUCUGCUCCUAAAUUGUGAAUUGUCUGGUACAACCUAAUGUUUUGAUAAGGGGGGGGGAUGGAAUUCAAGGGCUUGCCUGGGACCCAGGGAAGUUUCCUGUUUCGAGGCAGUCUCUGCCAUGUGGGACUAUUUAUGUAUCUUAUUUAUAUGGAAUUAUUUAUUUUCCUGUUGGACUGUCCAUGUGCAGCUCCCCUGUCUUUGACUCACCUAAAUAAAAAUCUAUUUGUGUAAGGGCAAA